AUGAGUGAAGUGAGAGAGUGGAGUAGAGUUCAAAGUUCAUACCUUAAAAUUGAUGAAAUUGGAGAAGAAAAUGUGAGUUUUUCCUGUUCUGCUUCACAAAAUGCAACAAAGAGAGAAGAAGAUGAGCAUGAAGUCUUUAAGGCACUUGAGUCCGCUUGGAUCACAUCUAGACAACUAGAAGCGGGUCGACGAGAAAUGUCACAAAAUGUUUUCCGUGGUGGACAAAUAUGGGUACACAUAUUUCGAGAAAACCCUAUUACAGUAAGACCUACCAAAACACGUAUGGGUUCGGGAAAAGGAUUGCCCGAAUAUUGGGUAGCUGUCGUUAAACCCGCCAAAAUACUUUAUGAAGUGAGAGGAGUCCCAUAA